AAGUUAUUGUGAGGUCCAGUUUUGAUGCAAGUUCUCCAAGUCUUAGCAUUUAUCCUGUGUCCUCACACAACUGGCCACUUCAUUUCAUACCAUUAACCAUUAGGUUUUGUUUCAUUUUUGUCUCGGGAAUCAUUUUAACUCAUGCAGACGUGUAGCAUUUACACUCUGUGCUAACUAGAGGUUUGGUACUUGGCUCAAACUAGAUGUAAUAACAGACACACGUAUAUGCCUAUACUUUGACUUUAAUCUUAGCCUUUACUAAUUAAUUGUUAGCCAUUAACCUGUUCUUGGUUAUUUGCUAGCCUAUGUCAUAACUAUCUAAUCAAUCAUGGAUUCCAAUCAAAGUCCCAACCAGAGCGGCCCAGAAAGCCCAAACCGAGCUGUAGAAUACCUUCUGGAACUUAACAACAUCAUCGAGAGCCAGCAGAAGCUACUUGAAACACAACGGCGGAGGAUAGAGGAGUUGGAGGUCCAGUUAGACAGGCUUAGCCAAGAAAACAAGGACUUGCAGUUGGACCGCCAAUCUGCCACCCCGCCUUCACCCGCUCCUACCCCUGAAACUCCUCCCCCUCCUCCCUUGCCAAAUCAGACCUCUUCAAUGUCUGUUUUAACAAAAAGCAACUUCCAUAGCAUCCAAAACCAGACUCUGCCUAUGCCUCCACCUCCCCCCUCCAUCCCCUUCCACCAUCACCAGCGUCACCAGCAGCAUCACCAUUCAUACAACAGCACCAACAGCGCAAGUAGCACUGCCAUCCCAAUCCAGAUCUCAGCCCCAUCUUCAACACCAGACCCAGCUUUGCCUUCCCCUCCUCCAAUCCCACCCAGGGAUCAGUUACGGACCCACAACCGGUUGACCCGUGUGCCAUCCACCAGUACUGGCACCAACACCAACUUUGUGGAAAAGGAGAAGGAGAGGUUGGAGCGACUCCAUAGAGCCAAUGCUGCCAACAACUACCACGCCCACACCCUGCACCACCAGAAACCGUUGUACUCCUCCACUUGCUCUACCGCCACCACCUCUUGUCGUUCUUCCCACAACCCUCCCAACGUCACCACUCCUUCCUCCGCGUCCACAUCCUCCUCAUCCUCUUCUCUCUACUCCUCCAGCCUUCCUUCUAACAGCCAUGCCACCUUCCAUCAGUAUUGCUGUCCUGCGCGCCUUCGCCUGCCCAAGCCUCCCUGCGCCCUGCUCCCCUCCAAGCAUCAUGAGCAGGCAAGAGAUGAGGAAGAUGAUGACAUCGCCCAUCAGUUCUGUUGCCCCGCCUCUGAGUGCAGUAGCCCCUCCUCUAGGUAACCAGGGGCACCCACAAGCCAAGCCCUGCUGUCUACCCCAUAAAGGAACAAACCCCGCCUACUUUAAUAUUCAUCUGUGUUCAGCGUCCAAUCACAAAUGCAGAGAGUGGAGUAAAGGAGGAGCUUUAGCAGCAUCUGACAGACUGUUCAGAUCUGAAAUAUUAUUUUUCUGCUCACCAUUUUCCAUAAAGAUUAAAGUUCGUCCUGAUUUUAGACACACACACACACAAAAGCUGCUACAAACCAACAGCCUUCAUCAUCACAAAUGCUGCCCUAGCAAACCUUCAUCAGGACUCAGUGACUUGGCUGGAUUCCAGUGAUGACUGCUGGACUUGAUCUGAGGAAGGAUGAGGUCCUCCUUUCUUCUUCUCCCACAUUUGUAACUUUUCCUGUUGUCUAAGCAUGAAGCCAUGUCCUUGCUGCACCUGGACAUGUAGAGUCCACAGUUUAGAAAGACAGACUUUGGAGAGCAUUAGCUAGAGAAGAACUGUGCAGUAUUUUCAUCGAUUUCACCGAACCCUGUGUUGGAAAUAUGGAGCUUCUCAGCCGGUUAGAAGGUGACAGAUCGCCUCCUCCUCUGUGAAGUAGGACUUAACCUCUCUGCCAGUGGAGUUUUAAAGGUCUGGUGUUCUGCUCAUCAUCAGUGACCCCACAUAAAAAAACAUCUGGUUCUUGAACCACCUGGGGUCCAUGGAACCAAGGUGACAUCUUAUUCAACCAGCUAAUAUUUCCACCAGUUUGCAGAGGAACAGUUGCAGGUGUAGAAUAAUAGUCCAGUUUCCACUUCAGGUCCUGCUAUUUCUUGCUACAGAAUAAGAAACAACAUUUUGGGUUUGGAUGGAUUUAUUUUUGGUAUUUUAAUGCUCAUUCUUAAACCAUAACUGAAUCUGUUUCAUGUGAAUGCAA